AUGGAUUCCAAAGUUUUUGUAUAUUACCAAAAUGUUCGUGGACUUCGUUCAAAAACCAGUUACUUUUUUUCCCGUGUGCUUAAUGUCGAAUACGAUGUUAUUUGCCUGACUGAAACAUGGUUGAUGCCCAGUUUAUUUGAUUCCGAGCUCUUUGACUCCAGAUAUUCAGUGUACCGUUGUGAUCGCGAUUAUGAAUCUCGAAAUGAAAAACUGGGAGGUGGUGUACUGAUUGCUGUGCGAAAGGGAUUGACUGUUAAGGAUGUUGUUGUCCAACCGUCUACUAAAACUUGUUCAUCGGAUGUAAUUUCCAUUUGUAUUGGCGUUAAAUCUAACAAUAAGCCUAUAUAUUGCUGCUACUUCCCCCAGUGCUUGUUACAACGCGAUGACCAAUUUAAGUUUUACGAACAGGUGUCUGAAUCAAUCAUUUUGCACCCUAAAGAUCUUUAUCUUUUGGUCGGUGAUUUUAAUAUUUCAACCGCUAAUUGGUCUGUUGAUCAUACAGGCGCUACUAAACUAUCUCACUUGCAACAAGGUUCACAUGUUCAGGUAAACUCGCUAUCGACUUUUUUGCACAUAAAUAAUCUUAACCAAUUUAACAUAGUUCCUAAUUCUAAUAAUCGAUAUCUGGAUUUGGUAAUAAGUAAUGCUAACAGUGUUUUAGUGAAACAGUGUGAGUUUCCACUAGUUAAAGAAGAUUCACAUCACCCGGCUCUGGAUAUUGAUUUUACUUAUUUAAGGUCUAACCAUCUUACGGGUGUUCCGAGGGUUGUUAAGCUUUUUAACAAAGCUGACUACAGUGUUAUUAAUAAAAAGUUGUCUGAGGUUAAUUGGCUGGAAUGUUUGAAUUGCUUGGAUAUGGAAAGUGCUGUUGAAGUUUUUUAUAAUAUUAUCAAUAAAGUUAUUGAUACGUUUGUUCCUACUAAGGUUGUACUUGAGCAUAGAAAAUAUCCUAUCUGGUAUUCUUCUUCUCUCGUCAAGGUUAUAAAGGAAAAGUUAAAGUUUCAUAAAAAAUGGAAAAUUUACGGUAACUAUAGGGACUAUUGUACGUUUAGGAUGCUGCGUAAGAGACAAAAAACGGUUGAAAACGAUUGCUAUAAGAAAUACAUAGAUCAUGCUGAGAAUACCAUUGCUAAAAAUUCUAAAUAUUUUUGGACAUUUGUAAAAUCUAAACGCCAAAAUACUGAAUUGCCUGAUAUGUUUUAUCUGGAUAAUUAUUUUACAAGUGAUGGACAAGAGAUUACUAAUCUCUGUAACAGCUAUUUUUAUUCAUCCUUUGAGUCAAAUUCCGGUAUUUCUUCGUCUAAUAGUAACGACUACGAUAUUCAUACUUGCAACAACAGUUUAAACCUGUUUUCUGUUGAUAUUUCUUUGUCAAUGGUGGACAAAUAUUUAAAAUCUUUAAGUCUAAAUAAAGGCAGUGGCCCUGAUGGGAUACCUGCUAUAUUUUUGAAGAGCUGUUCUGACAGCUUGAGGUUUCCCAUAUAUUGUCUUUUUUCUAAAUCUUUGCGAACAUCUGUAAUGCCUUCUCAAUGGAAAAGAUCUUAUGUCAUACCAAUCCUUAAAAGCGGUGAUAAACAUAACAUAAAAAAUUACCGACCUAUUUCAAAGUUAAGCUGCAUUCCGAAGAUGUUUGAAAAGAUUAUAUACGACAUUAUACUACCUAUAAUAAGACCUACGAUCAUUACCCAGCAGCAUGGAUUUAUUAAUAGAAAAUCAACGGAGACAAAUCUUUUGGAAUACGUUGAUUUUAUUUCAUGUGCAAUGGACAAAGGUUUUCAGGUUGACGCCGUGUACACAGAUUUUUCUAAGGCUUUCGAUAAAAUAUCUCAUUCGAUUCUUCUUGAUAAAUUGAAAUACAUCGGUGUGCACGGUGACCUUCUGCGUUGGAUUGAGUCGUACCUUGCUAACCGUAGUCAAGCAGUGACUAUAAAAGGAUUUACUUCAUCUUUUAUUCCAGUGCCAUCCGGGAACCGCACCAGCACCGAGCCAGCACCAUCACCAGCACCGUGCCAGAACUGCGCAAGAACCGCACCAGCACCACACCAGCACCCCACCAGCACCGCGCCAGCUCCGCGCAAGCACCGCGCAAGCACCGCGCCAGCACCGCGCCAGCACCGCGCCAGCACCGCACUGGCACCACGCCGGCACCGCACCGGCACCGCGCCAGAACCGCGCCAGAACCGCGCCAGACCGCGCCAGCACCGCACCGGCACCGCGCCGGCAGUGCACCGGCACCGCGCCAGAACUGCGCCAGAACCGCGCCAGAACCGCGCCAGAACCGCACCAGAAUCGCACCGGCACCGCGCCGGCACCGCACCGUCACCGCGCCAGAACCGCGCCAGAACCGCACCAGCACCGAAAAACUCGAGCGUCGAAAGAACUAAAAUUUUAGAAAUUCCGAAACAUUUUAAUUCAAUGGUUAAAGAAAAGAUUGGCUAA